UACAGCGGAGUAUAUAGCAACGACGCAUCACGCGCGCACAAGAGCAAAAAGCAAGCGGUCCAACACUCAAGCUCGCUGCGGCCAAUGCACAACUGUCACUGAACAUCUCAAUGCAUAGAGCGCAAUAGCACGGCUCGAGUGAGCUCAACUGCACUUAAAUCGAUCUGGCCACACUCCGAGGUCCCGAAUUCGAGAGGAAGAAAUUCGGCUUGUUGAGAGCCAGACGAACGCGUGGACAAUUUCCACAAGAGCGAUGCUAACGAGGAAACACCAUCGCCAGUGACAUAAGGAGGGACGGAAGUUCUCCGCCGCUUUGUGGCCUUGCUGGACGAUUCAUUAAGCUCGAUUCAUCGCGGUCAUCAUCGAGACGCACGUACAGACAUUAUCUAUAUUUGCUACUGUGUACGUUCUGACACGACUCGAACAACCUAUCGUCCCUAGCAGUUUUUCUUCGAGUCUCGAGCCAUUUCCAUCUAUUGACGCCGGAAUGACGAUUGGUCCUUUGAGAUUCUCAUCGUUUCUGGUGAUCCUCGUUACUAAAGCUCUCGUAAAUUAAAUCUUUUUAUUUCCUUCGAAAAGCCAUUUUGCAUAACAUAAUUGUGUGAAUAGCCAAACUCACAUAACUUAUAUAUGUUUUUUAAUAAUUAUUGUGCACCGAUAUGGGAGCGAAAAGUGUUUUCAAGACGUUCGUCUUGAUUUUACUAUUUUACAAAGUUGCGGCUCAGAGUUUACUCCUGGAAGAAGAAAAAGAGCCAAGUUACCUUGCCGCAGCCGUCGGCGAGUACGUCGUUUUCAAUUGCGAUCUCGACUUCCCACAUGACAUACCGAUACCCUACAUACUAUAUUGGAAUCGUGAUGGUCAAACAAUUUUCUCUUGGUUUGAUGGUAUGAUAUCAGCUGACGAUGGUUAUUCAGGUCGCAUCAGAUUAAUCGAUGAUGCCAAAACUAGAGGUUUUGGUCAGGGCAGUAUUAAUCUCACUAAUAUAAGAGAUAGUGACCAAGGGUGGUAUGAGUGCAGAGUCAUUUUUCCCAAUAGAACUCCCAGUUCAAGAAACAAUGGUACUUGGUUUCAUCUAGCUAUUGACGGUUUGUUGCCGCCAACGACCGAUGUUCCAGGCGAGACGCUCUUGGCUGUUCCCCCCAUUAAUAAGACUGUCAUGGAGGGAGAUCCAGUCUCUUUUGACUGUGUUGCAAAAAAUAAUAAAUCUACAGUGACAUGGUAUCGCGAAGGAGUAGAGAUCUCAAAACAACAGGAUCUCUUAGAACGAACAAUUAUAGCUAGCGAUGGCGCGCUCACUAUCAAUCCAUCUUUGAUGGGUGAUCUUGGCGAAUACAGCUGUACCGUAACCAAUGAAUAUGGGGAAACACAAAGUGCUGCUGCUUAUCUGAAUGUACAAUACAGAGCUAAAGUUAUCUAUGCUCCAAAAGAAGUAUUUUUACCUUAUGGUAAACACGCUCUAUUAGAUUGCCAUUUUCGAGCGAACCCACCGCUUACAAAUUUGAGAUGGGAAAAGGAUGGAUUUCUCUUUGAUCCAUACAACGUGCAAGGAGUGUUUUACAGAAGAAACGGGUCACUAUUUUUCAAUAAAGUAGAUGAAAGUCAUGCCGGGAGCUAUACGUGUACACCUUAUAAUGCUCUUGGUACAGAAGGGCCAAGCUCACCAAUCAAUGUGAUCGUUCAACGUCCUCCGGUUUUUACGGUGAUUCCUCAGCAUUUGUAUAUGCGUAAACUUGGUGAUACAUUGGAAAUACCCUGUGAUGCGCGAGACGGUGAUCUCAAUCACAGGCCAUCAAUAAUGUGGUAUAAGGAUGGAAUACCCUUAUCACCAGAUAGGAUGUUUAUAAAAGGAGGAAAUUUAACUAUUGAACGGAUACAGGAACAAGAUAGAGGAAUGUAUCAAUGUGCUGCGAGCAACGAAGCUGCUACAGUUGUAGCAGAUGCUGAAUUAAUGGUUCUUAAUGUACCACCACGUGCGCCUUACAAUUUAAGUGCUAAUAGUACCAAAAAUGCUGUAACAUUGACAUGGGUCCCUGGUUAUGUCCGACCCAAAAUGGAAUAUUCUAUAUGGUAUAGACCUACAGAUACAUCUGAAUGGCGAACAAUGAAAAUAGUAUCCAGAAAAAUUACUGAAGCUACUGUAGGAAAUUUGGCUCCAGGCAAAGAGUAUGAAUUUAUGGUACUUAGCCAGGAUAAACAUGGAGAUGGAAUGUUCAGCAAAACCGUUCGCAUUUUCACUCAACCUAACAUGAACUUACAAAAUAUCGCAUCUGAAUUUAAAUUCUCGCAAGAUGAAUAUAAUAUGGGACCUCCACGAAACGUUCGAGUUCAAGUAACAGUAGAAGGAUAUCUUGUAACGUGGGAGCCUCCAACCACCGGUAAAGAAAAAAUUAAGUACUACACUGUGAGGUGGUUCAGAGGGCCUUCUGAGCACUUGUACGGAAGAGCUGAAACAACUGAUACUUAUUAUUUGGUAAAAACUUUAGAAGAAGAAAACUAUUACACAUUUGAAGUAGUGGGAACUUCAGAAAAUGAUGAUAUAUCAGUAAGCGAUAGAUUUACUUUGGAAGUUCCUGCAUACCGGAGAAACCGAGCUAUAUCGAUGGGAAUAGUGGCAGGAAUUGGUUUUUUGGCCGCUGCUUUGGGAGCUAUUUGGUGGGCUAAAAAACGCUUUUGUCAGAAUACGGCCGAUGCAAAAUGAUCAUCUUGCGUUUCUUAAAAAAUUAAACUCAAAUUUAUGACUAACAGACAUUCUAAAAUCUGAUUAUAGCUGGGUAAAUUUCAGCAAAAUUUAGUCAUUUCAGAGAUACAUUGAGUUCAGUUUUUAUAUGAAAUUUGUUUUUAUACAAGUUCAACUCUAUUGAUGAAUUAGUUGAUACAUAUAAUAGCUUUACUUUGUUGGAAAAUUAAAUUUCAGAAUUAUAUAUAUGGGUAAGGCUCAGAAAUCAUAAGACAUCUGAAAAAUAAUGUAACU